AUGGAUCGAAGAGGAACGACAAUCGGCUGGAUCGGCAUCGUGUGCCUUAUGGCGCUGGCAACCGGAGGCACUUGGACCGAGAGAAAGGGAGUUUUCUACAGUCAAAACGAGCGGAUUAUGGACCGCAUGCUGCGCACCAUGGACAAGUCAGUGAGUCCCUGCGAGGACUUCCACAAGUAUUCCAGUGGUCGAUAUAGCGAGGGGUUUAACGUAAAGCUCGAAUAUCUUGCUGACGCGCUUGGGGAAGAGAUCAACCCCAAGUUCCACUCUCUGUUCGAGAAGCUGAAGAACCGGGCGUACAAAAAGGACAGCAUGGAGGAGAAAGUCGUCAGGCUGUACAACUCCUGCGAAGCGGCGAGAAGGGAGAACCGGAGCUCGAACAUUUUUCUGGACGUGAUGAGGCCGGAUGUUAACCUCUCCUGGCCUUUGUAUAUGCCAGAAGGCAGAAAGUGGCCCCAGGAGCGGUUCCGAUGGCUGACGACAUUGGCCCGAUUGAGCCGCCAUGGCCUGCGAAAUGUCCUAUUCCAUGUGAGUCUUAGGGUGGACAGCGAAGAUAAACGGAGCUACGUGUAUGUGAUCGAUAGAGCUGACAUGAGAGAUAGAGAUACAGACAAGUUCAGAGUCUUGGGAAUCCCAAUCGAGAGCAUAAAUAACUUGGAAUUUGAAAUAUAUAAUAUAAUGAGUUCAACUAAGAGCGUGACCAAACGUCUGAGCCUUCAGGAACUGGAAAGAGUGCAUGGAAUAAGCCUCAUGGAUUACUUUAAGGUCGCCCAUAAUCGAAAUCUCAACCCGAACACUCUGAUCCAAGCGGAUGUCGCCUACCUGGAGGCGCUUAACCGAAUGCUGAAUUCCUACGACCAGGAGAAGGUGGCCAACUACCUGAUGGGACUCUUUGGAACAUUCAUGGCGUUAUACCAGGACAACCCUAAGUACCAGUGCGUCGUGGCCGUGAGAACUUCCAUGAAGGCUGCUUGUGAACAACUGUAUAAUAAGCACAUUUUGGGUGAAACCCAUGAGCUCGAGUCUCAGGUCCAGCUAGUGUUCGAGGCGAUCAGGAAGCAGUUCAGCCAGAGGUUGGAGGCGAAUCGCUUGAACCUAUCAACCACUUACAUUACUAACCUGCGGAAUAAACUGGACACUACAACUCUAAAUAUCGGUGCCCUACCCAAGAAGAAGUAUCGCCAAAGGUGCAUUAUACAAAUAUUUGAUAAACAGUAG